AUGCCACCAUCCACUGCAUCACCACAAAUAUCACAGCCAACGAAUGAUCAAACAAUAAAGGAGGACAUAUCAGAGGAGUCGUUUAGUGAACUAGGGUAUCCAUUUGAAACGAAUGAUGAUCCAGCUGUAUUGUUUGAAAAAAUUGGCCAAGUAGGAGAAGGAACAUAUGGCAAGGUGUAUAAAGCACGUAAUGGAAAGACAGGUAAACUGAUGGCUCUGAAGCGAAUUCGCAUGAAGAAUGAAAAAGACGGAUUUCCUAUUACCGCAGUGAGAGAAAUCAAGCUAUUACAAAAGCUAAAGCAUGAGAAGAUAAUUGAAUUACAGCAAAUUAUGGUCUCAAAGGGGUGCGUAUAUAUGGUGCUGGAAUACAUGGAUCAUGAUCUAUCUGGUAUACUAGGGCAUCCUAAUUUUACCUUUCAGCCUUCUCAUGCCAAAUCAUUGGUCAAACAGAUGCUGGAAGGGCUAGCUUAUCUGCAUCAUAUGGGAAUACUCCAUCGAGAUAUCAAAGGGUCCAAUUUGUUGAUCAACAAUAAAGGAGAGCUCAAGAUUGCAGAUUUUGGUCUGGCGAGAGUCUUUGAAAAGAAUGAGACACAGGAUUAUACCAAUAGAGUGAUUACGUUAUGGUAUAGGCCACCUGAGCUGCUAUUAGGUGCUACAGCAUAUGGGCCAGCCGUAGACAUUUGGAGUGUUGGGUGUAUUAUGCUUGAAUUCUUUACUGGAAAAGCAAUAUUUAAUGGAGUGGAUGAAAUAUCACAACUAGACUCAAUUUAUAGAAUUAUGGGCACACCUACUGUAGAUACUUGGCCAACACUUACUGAACUACCUUGGUAUGAACUUGUUCGUCCAACCGAGGUGUAUGCGCCUAAAUUUAAAGAAUUAUAUGGAUCACUAUUAUCCCCUGGAGCAUUAGAGCUUUCACAGUCCUUAUUAUCAAUGGAUCCACAAAAGAGGCCGACAGCAGCUGAAGCACUAGAAUUUGCAUACUUUAAAACUGAACAGCCAGAGCCAGUGAUGCCAGCCAACUUAUUAGACAUUCAAGGUGAUUGGCAUGAUUUUGAAUCUAAACAGCGUAAACGUCAAAAGGCAUUGACAAACAGUGCAAAUAAAUCAAAAUAA